AUCUUUUCAAUUGCUCCGGCUAAGGUAUUGUUCGAUUCUUCCGCUACAGUUCUGCCGCCGCGCUCGAUAUGCUACCAAAGACUGUCCCAAAGUCGAUUUUGAAGAAAACCAAGAGCAAACCACCGGCAACACCCAGUGAACAUGUCCCACCAGAGAAAGCUACCUCCUCUGAUCCAGUAAAGGAUCGCCAUCUAGCAACCGCAUUGCACCAUGCUAAGCUGAUACAGCAGCAAAAAGAUACAGAGAAACUAAUCCUAGAUGCAUCACUUGCCCUCCUCGAGCUACCCAGCUCACCGAAUGCUGAUGCCGCCAUGCCCGCCGCACAUGAUGUGCGCGCCUUCAAGGAGCAUGUUGCACUGCUGAGGCCACAAGACUAUAGUGACCUGAUCGAAGAGCGCAACGCGUCACGACUUUGCGGUUAUGCUCUAUGUCCCCGACCCAACAAGGAGCUGAAAGGCGAUGCCAAAUUCAAGCUCGUGGUUUCGAAAGAGGCGGGAUUGAAAUCAAUUCCAAAAAAGGAACUCGAGCGGUGGUGCUCUACAGACUGUGCCCGUAGAGCUCUCUAUGUCAAAGUUCAACUUCUUGAGGAACCAGGCGGGAUUUUGUUAUCUGGCCGGAGUGCGGACAUUGACUUACUGGCAGAAGACAUACCAUCCACCCUCAUAACUUUGCCAUUGCGGCCCAAAGUGAUGGAUAGCUGCACUCACUCACAUAAAAAUGACACAGAGGCAGCAUCGACUCGACAUGAUAUCCAUAAGGAUGUGGAUAACGCAUCAAGCGAACUACUCACCUCUCGCGUUGUCGAAAAGCGUGUCAUCAAGGCUGUGUCCGCACCGUCACUCGAACAUGAUGGCCAGAACCACUCAGUCAUUGAAGGCUAUACCCCCGCAGAUCGUUUUUUAGACAAGCAAGAACAAGGAACUGAGGAAGACCAUGAUUGGGACGAUUGAACAUGAAUUCUGGGUUCGAGGAGGAAUCUAUACAGAUCUUGGUGAGGGCGAACGCUACAUCAUUCUCCACUGAAUGUAGAAUGCCUGAACGCAAGUUUCUGAUCGACUUGUGAGAGCUUCAUACUAUGCUCCCUCGGGACCAUGACUUCUAUCGUGGACGAUAAGGAUAUAUCAACGGAGGGAUGUGUACGACCAGGAUCGGUCAUGCGCACCUUCACAAACCAAGAUGAAACCUUUGAUCUUGGCAACUUGGAGUGUCGUGUGUACCCCUAUGUUGGUCUGUACGCCAGUCAUUGCGACACACGCAGACAUGCAACAGUGCGUGAUACACAGACGUCCUGUAUUCAAGGAAGAAUAUGUAGUACCGUCCAAAAAAUGAUUGUCACCAUUCGAA